CCUUUCUCAUUUCUCUCAAAGCCAGAGCAAACAUGGUACUCUUCUUUCUCAUUUUCUUCCUCUUCCUUUCUCUACCUAAUUCAUCUCUCUCUUCUUUUUCUUUUAAUUCAUCUACGCCUCUUUGCCUUUCCGACCAAAGCUCUGCUUUGCUCCAUUUCAGAAACUCUUUUUCUGUCCGUCUUUCUAAUGAUUGGUGUGAUUAUUAUUCUUAUGAUCCUCCGAAGAAUUCGUGGAAAAUGGGUACAGAUUGUUGUGGGUGGGAUGGGGUCACCUGUGAUACGAUGACAGGUCAUGUCAUUGCUGUCGACCUCAGUUGCAGUGGGCUUCAUGGUCCCAUCCAUCCCAAUAGCACCCUUUUCUCUCUUCGCCAUCUCCAGAGGCUCAACCUUGCUUACAACGAUUUCCAUGGCUCCACAAUUUCAUCUAAAUUUGGUGGCUUUGCAAACAUGACGCAUCUCAACCUCUCUGGCUACUCCGUUGCGGGCUCCUACGGUACUCACUUCCUCGGUCCUGGCUCCUCCUUUGCUGGUAAUGUCCCUUCCGAAAUCUCCCACUUAUCCAAACUGGUUUCACUUGAUCUCUCUUCGAAUAUUGACAUGAGAAUAGAAACGCCUAAUUUGAAAAGGCUUAUUCAAAACCUAACCCAUCUAACUGAACUUGUUUUAUAUGCGAUUGAUAUGUCUUCUGUUUCAACGAAUUGUCUCACGAAUUUGUCGUCUUCUUUAACAUCUCUUCGUCUUACUUAUUGCCAAUUGAAAGGGAAAUUUCCAGAAAAUAUAUUCCACCUUCCAAACCUCCAGAUACUCCGUGUAGGUUACAACUACAAUCUCACCGGUUCCCUUCCAACAUAUAACUGGAGUACUCCUCUCAAGUCCUUGUCUCUAUCUGAAACCGAAUUCCCAAUUGACUUACCUUAUUUAAUAAGCAACCUCAAGUCCUUAAAACAGUUGUUUGUUGGUGGAUGUAAUUUCAUAGGUUCAUCGUAUCCAACAUUUCUUUCAAAUCUCACACAGAUAACUUAUUUGGACCUUUCAUAUAGUAACUUUGGUGGUCAGUGUCCAUGGUCCCUCCUAAACAUUACAGGACUUACUGACUUGGAUCUCUCAUACAACAAUUUCAUAGGGCAACUUCCGGACUUCUCUUCAAAUAAUUCAUCUAAUAGUCAACUAGUCAACAAGAUUCCUUCCAAUCUAGAAUCUCUCAUCUUAUCUGGUAAUUUAUUGAAUGGGACAAUACCAUCUUGGGUGUAUACAAUACCAUCUUUGCGUUUCUUACAUCUUGAUUCUAACCAAUUCACUGGGCAUAUUGUUGAAUUCCAGCAUAACUCAUUAAUUUCUCUAAAUGUUUCCUUCAAUAAUUUUAGUGGCAAUGUGGAGUCAAAAAUAUUCUCAAAGCUCAAAAGUCUUCAAUCUCUUGAUAUGUCAAAUAAUCCUCACCUAUCACUACACUCCUUCACAUCCGCCACCAAUAUUUUGUCCAAAAUUCACUCAUUAAAAUUGUCUUCUUCCAACAUAACCGAAAUUCCACAGUUUUUACGAACUGCAGAAUAUAUAGAAUACUUAGACCUUUCCAACAACCAUAUCAAAGGCAAUAUUCCAUCCUGGGUAAUGGAGGUGGGGAAGGAUUCAUUGUUUUACUUUUCACUCUCAAGGAAUAAUUUAACUGGACACAUCCCUUCCUUGAUUUGCAAUCUCAGUUCCCUCAAAUUCCUUGAUUUCUCUUAUAAUCACUUGAAUAACAUGAUUCCUCCAUGUUUGGGAAAGUUAAGUGAUAAUCUCAAUGACUUGAAUUUACAAAGGAACAAUCUUAAUGGCACUGUCCCAGCAACAUUUGCAAAGGGAUGUCAAUUGAGAAGUCUGAAACUCAAUGGCAACCAAUUGGAAGGGGCAUUGCCACAAUCAUUGGUCCAUUGUAGAAAUUUGGAAGUUCUGGAUUUUGGUAACAACAAGAUUAAUGGCACCUUUCCUUGUUGGUUGGAAAGUCUUUCAGAGUUGUGCGUUCUUGUCUUGCGAUCAAACAACUUUCAUGGUGCCAUAGGCAAUCCCAAGACCAAAUUCCCGUUCCCUAAUUUGCGAAUCAUAGACCUCUCUCACAACAAGUUCCAUGGUCUUUUGCCAACAAAAUUUUUCAUGUAUUUAAAAGCCAUGAUGAAUGUGAGUGCAGACAAAGGUGAAUUGAAAUAUAUGGGUGAUUAUUAUUAUCAAGAUUCUGUGACAGUGGUGAUGAAAGGGUUUUUCAUUGAAUUGGUAAAAAUCCAAAGUCUAUUCACAACCAUUGAUUUUUCCAACAAUAAUUUCGAAGGAGAAAUUCCAAAGGCAAUUGUAGAGCUUCGGUCAUUGAAGGGGCUUAAUUUUUCACACAACAAUCUUUCAGGUCAUGUGCCUCCAUCGUUGGGAAAUUUAACCAAUCUUGAAUGGCUAGAUCUCUCCUCAAACAAGCUCACAGGUGAAAUUCCUAUACAAUUGGCAGAUCUCACAAUGCUAGCAUUUUUAAACCUAUCAGAAAAUUAUCUUUUUGGACAUAUACCCCAAGGUAAACAAUUCAAUACCUUUAUGAAUGAUUCUUACUAUGGAAACCUUGGGUUAUGUGGAUUUCCAAUGACAAAAGCUUGUGGCAAUGAUGAGGGACAACAACCAUCGCCAUCAUCAACCAUUCAAGAAGAUGAUUUCGAAUUUGAAAAUGGGUUUCAUUGGAAAGUUGUAUUGUUGGGGUAUGGUUGUGGAUUCAUGUUUGGAUUGGGUUUGGGUUAUCUUGUGUUCUCAAGUGGAAAACCGAAAUGGCUAGUGAAUAUUGUUUAUGGAGGAAGACAUAAAAAGUAACAAAGAUCCUAGAAGAAUGCUCGUGGAUGAACUCAUUGAAGAAGAAUUUAGUGGAUACAAAUACUGAUUCUAGGCUGGUGGCCCUUUCUAUCUCUCUAACAGGAUGGAGGGACAACAUUCAUUCAUAGUUUAGAUCACUGGCUGACAUUCCAUGACCAGCGUUGUGGUGCUUUGAUCCUUUUUGAUGACAACAAUUGUAAUAAAAACCAUUUCAGACCUUGAGGGUUUCAAUAAAAUUGAUUUCAUCAAGGAGGAGCUUGAAAAGGCUUGUCCAGGGAUAGUUUCAUAUGUUGAUAUUGUUUCUAUUGCCACAAGAGAUGGCAUUAUGCUGUAAAGAACAACUCUUGGAAAGUUUGAUGAUGUGCUUGGGCCCAGAUGCCACUGUUUGCCUUGAGUUUUGGGACAGCAGUUAGCUGGCCACCUCAUUGCACGUGCAGCAGCUGGAUGUUUGAUGUGAAACAAAGACAAAAGUUAUUAGUGCAAGUGUUCCAAAGUUGGUGUUGGAUUCUGUUUUUGAACAAAAGAAUGAGAUUGUGAUAGCCGUGGAAGAGGAACUUGAAAGGCCAUGUCAGCUUAUGGAUUUGAGAUUGUUCAAACCCUCAUUGUGGACACUGAACCUGAUGAACAUGUGAAGAAGGCUAUGAGCGAGAUAAAUGCCGGCUUGUGGCCCCUUUCUAUCCAGUGUUAACAGGCCGAGCAUUCAUUCAUACCUCAACAAAGCACUGGCUGAGAUUCCAUGACCGGAUGAUUAUAUUAUACAGACACUUCACCUUUUUGGCAUUAGAGGUUUUGAUGAAAGAGAAAUAGUCUAUCUUUUAGGUGCACACAAAAUUGGGAAGAUUGGUUGUGAGUUCAUACACAAACACCUUUAUGACUGCAAGGGUACUGGCCAGCCUGACCCAACCAUAGCUUCUGAUUUCCUCACUGACAUGAGAAUGAGGUGCCAAGACAGUAAUAGGACCACCACUCAGCCUUCUUCUUAACCCAUGUAAUCAUUGGAAAUGAGUGAGUCUGCAUGAAUUCACAGCCAGUCAUUAAAAACGGGAGAAGACCCCUUUUUGCUGAUCAGCAGUAGCUGGCUAAUGAGAAGACCACAAGACUGGUAAGGGCCUAUGCUUCAGAUGACAGAUCAACCAACCCCUAGACUGGACUUUGCAUGGGCAAUGAUGAAGAUGCCAGUGCUUAAUGUUUUGGCUGAAUCUCAAGGGGCAACUUCACAGCUUAGUUGCAGCUUCAAAUAAUCAGGUUAUAUUCUAUUACAUAUUUCAGUUAUUAUUAUUAUUAUUAUUACAUCCUUGUAAUAUUACCUUCCUUUUACAGAUUAAAGAUCUUGUUGGUUGGAUUGAAUGAAGAGUGGUUAUUUAUUUAUUUAUUUACUAAAGAGCGGUGUUAAUUACCCUAGUGCUACCUAGGAUGCUUGGAGGAGUAGACUAAUUUCCUCUAUAUUUUCAAUUAGAUAAGAUUCUAAAGUUACAUAUUGAUUGUGGGGAAAGCUUAGAAACUUAAUGAAUUGAAUAUAUGUUCCUAGUGAUUUUUGCUGUAUUGGUUUCCACAAAUUGUUACAUACACCUUUAUUAGUUGUUUCAAGAACUUCUUUGUUAUGGUUUUUCAGGUCUAAAAUUUCAAAAAAAAAGAAAAAAAAAACUUUUCUUAUUCCAAAUUCUGUUAAACUAACAAUAAAGAACAACUCUUAGUAAUUCUUUUUGUUGGAGUGCUCUUAUGUACAGGCUGGUGGCCCUUUCUAUCUCUCUAACUUGAUGGAGGGAUAGCAUUCAUUCAUAAUUUAGAUCACUGGCUGACAUUCCAUGACCAGAUGAUGAUAAAAAAUUGGCUGUGGUGCUUUGGUCCUUUUUGAUGACAACAAUUGUAAUAAAAACCAUUUCAGACCUUGAGGGUUUUCAAUAAGAUUGAUUUCAUCAAGGAGGAGCUUGAAAAGGCUUGUCCAGGGGUAGUUUCAUGUGCUGAUAUUGUUUCUAUUGCCACAAGAGAUGGCAUUAUGCUGGCUAGACAGCAUUCUUUCAUAUUUCAACAGGCACCGAAUCUUUGGGUGUCUUGGCCUCUUUGAUUAUCUGAGGGUGUACAAAAAACUGGGAAGAUUGGCUAUGAAUUCAUACAAAAACACCUCUCUGACCUCAAGGGGACAGGGCAGCCAAACCCAACUAUAACUCUUGAUUUCCUCACUGAGAAGAGAAUGAGGUGCCAAGACAGUAAUAGGACCACCACUCAGCCUUCUUCUUCAUCCAUGGCUUCAUUGGAAAUUAGUGAAUCUGCAGUGGAGGAUGUCAUAUUUGCAGGCUUUGUCAUCUUCAAUAUCAUCUGGGGUAGGUUUUGGCACUCACUACUAUCAGAGCUUUUUAAGGGGGAGAGGACUCCUUUUUGCCAAUCAACAAUUGAUGGCUAAUGAGGAGUCCUCAAGAUUGGUAAGGGCUUAUGCUUCAAAUGCCUGAUUAAUCUUUCGAAUGGACUUUGCUCAGGUGAUGUUGAAGAUGUCAGGUCUUAAUGUUCUAACUAGAUCUCAAGGUCUAGUCCAACGAAAUUGCUCCUUGGCCUUGGUUAGUUUUUAAGUGUCAGUCUGGCCAUAAUGAACUCUUAAGAUCUUUGUUCUUUCAUAUUAGUUUUUCAUAUGUUCUAUGUUUGAUUGUAGAUGCUGUUACUUCUAAAUUUCUUGUCUGUGCUAAUUUUUGAGUCUAUAUAUAAAGGCAAUGGCAUAGAGUGUAGAGUCUGUAGACAUUAGUUAAUGCUUUUGGUUGGUAUGUCUGUGUUUUAGUUGGUAUGGCAUAGAGUGUAGACAUUUGUUGAAGCAGCUCAAAGAUACAGCUAGGAAAGGCUAGUAUGUCUUUGUCUUAAUGAGGAGUUUCUAUUUUAGCUUUUCAUUAUACUUUCUUAUGUCUGAUUGGUUGUUAAGAAAAGGAAAGAGAGGAAAGCUUUGAAUUUUAUAAACUUUAAUGCUUCUGUUUUCAAGUUAAUCACUAACUCUCUCCUCAAAUAGUCUUAGGUGUAAAUGGGUGGAGGAAUUUAGUUUUUUUUGGGUCUCAACUAAUAAGAUUUUUUCUUCUUUUUUUUCUUUUCUUUUUUUCUCUCUCUUGCUAACAAUGAUUACAUUCUUUUUUUGGUAAAAUGUACAUAGGUUUGACUUACCUGCACAAACCAUCACCCCAAAGAUUCAGAAAGAUCUGCAUUUACUGAAGGGUUGUUGAUCUUCUUCAUGCCUUGUGUAACUUGUAAGCAGCAUCCUUAGGCUCUCUGUAACUUGUAAGCAACAUCCUUAGUGAGAGGGAUUUACCCAACACCAUGUGAAGAUGAUUUUCCAGGGAUAUAAAUGUUAUCUUUGAGAAGUGCCAUUGAUCUGAAGAGGCACUACAAGAAGGGUGAUUCAAAAUCCAAAACAUUGCCAAGUAUUUCCUGAUCGGGACGGUGAUAGAGUCAGCGUCAGACUUCUUCGUAGGUAGACUAACAAGGAAGGAGAGAAAAAGAACAAUUGCAACUGAGUUGUUAUCUGAUUGUACCCUUGCUGAUUACAGGAAGCGCAAGGUUCGAGAGAUAGAAGAAAAGAAUCAACUAGGGGGGAAUGAGAAAUGGAAGAUAAAAGGUCAGCAGUCGCAGAAGCGUGCAAAGCAAAGAAGGCACUGAAAUAUCCUCACCAUUUUUUAUCAGAUAUUUCGACAUUUAUAGAGCACAUUGAAAAGAGUAUAGUAUCAAGAUCAACCCAGAGAAAUAUUUGAUAGACUGAUAAUUUUACCUAGUGACAUGAGAAACAGAAUCCACUGAACUGAUUUAUAAUUCAUGGUUAUAUUCACACGUGCUGUUUCUCUUUGAUGUUGGCUCCUUCCCAUAGUUUUCAUUAUAGAGUUGAUCAUUUUUGUUGUAAUGUAUAAACGCAUGCUCCAGGAAAUAUUAUUUAUUGAUGGGAAUUUUGGUUAUUUAUUGAUCAAAACAAAGAUCUUACUGGUUGAUUGCUUCAA